UCCGGCAACAAUGAGGGGGAAUCCGUCGAAUGUCUAGCUGUUAGCUAUGUAUUUUUUUAUUUUCCCCCUGAGAGUGGAAGCCAGCUGGUGGUGGUGUAGAUGCUGUAGUGUCAUUUCUGUGCGGUGAUUUUGUAAAGUUAUGGCUCACGUAAGAAAGCCAGCAAUCAAUGGAUACCGCACAGAUGAUGAAAAUGACGUUGGUAGAGUGUGGCAAAGAAUUGUGACAGGAAUGGACCCUUCGGUUAUCAGUGACCCGAAAAGGCUGCAGUAUUUACUAUGCUACUCGAGUGUCAUGUAUGCCCCAAAACGGACAUCCAAAAGCUUCGUGGAAUACGCUAGCGCUAGGGAACUGGGCUUACAUCGAUUGCAACAACUCAAGGUGAACAAUUCUUACGGAAUCAGACAUUUGCUACGGAAUGGUCUUCACCGCGAGCACGAAAUCAAGCUGGGCCGCUUGAACAAGAUAUUCUGCUCGACGUGGUUGACCGAUAACCAAAUCGCGUUUGGUACGAAGUGUAACAAACUUAUGGUGCUCGACUUAUACACACAGAAGCUUUACCAGAUCCCCAGUUUGCAAAGCAGCCCAUUUAGUCACCCACCCGAAAAUCCGUGUGGAAUUCACUCAUUACAGAUCAACCCAUCUCGAACGCUGCUCGCUACAGGAGCUUUGAACUCAAAUGACGCAGCAGUGUACAGUCUACCAACGUUAGACCCAGUUUGUGUUGGAGAAGGUGCACACAAGGAUUGGAUCUUCGACCUCGCUUGGAUUGAUGAUGAGUUUUUUGUCACUGGGUCGCGCGACACGACGCUGGCCCUGUGGCGGGUACGGGAUCAAAAUCCCAAUCCCAUAAACUACGGACACUUGUCUCCACUGAUGGUACGACCAUGCAGAAAUGCUGAAAAAGUCCGUGCUCUUCUGUACAGCCAACGUAACUCUGAACUGGUUGCGCUCUCACUAAACGCGUUCCUUCAUCAGUGGGAUGUCCGAACCUUUAAGUGGAAAGCUUCUCACAAGCUGUCUUACUCACAGGAAAACGUUUGCCUUGCACAACAACCACAAAGAAAUAUGUAUGCCAUUGGAUCAAAGUCAUACAUUACCUUUCUGGACUCUGGAACAUUUCGAUCGGUUUAUAAGGUGCCAUCGAAGUGCACUGGAUGUAGCGUCCGCUCUUUGAGCUUCUCGGACGAUCUGCUUACAAUUGGAACGGGCAUUGGUGCAGUGUUGUUUUUUGAUCUUCGAGCACUCAAGUACCUCGACAGAACCACACCUGGAAAAUACUGUGCCCUCAAAGCAAACCGUGGCUGGGUCCAUAAGGAUGACACCUACGAAGAAUUUUUCUCUCACAUAGACUACACGCCUGCCAUUUACACCCACUGCUAUGAUUCUUCUGGGCUUCGGCUUUUCACUGCUGGGGGCCCACUCCCGGCGGGACUUCAGGGGAAUUAUGCAGGACUGUGGCACUGAUGGCUAAUCUAUUCUCUGUUUCAGUCAUCAUGAGUCAUGCCUCGACGAAGCUUCUCAAUGUUGUACCACAGCUUCCAUCUACUCCAAGAGAUUCUUUUAUCACAGAGUUUAUCGAUCGUAGGCACAGUGGACCAUAUGAUGGUUACGAGGCACUCGCAAUUCAAGCUUUCUUCCGUGCUUUCGUUGAGCAGUUUAUUUUGUAAGGUACGCAAUGUAGUGCAUCGUGUGCUAGGCUAUAAUUCCUUUUUGCACCCCUACCAGCAGCUGUAAAAGGGCUGCUCUAACUCAUGGCACUGAAUCUCAUUGGCUCUGUUAAUGUCUGUUAAUCGUUGUCUAUUUGGUAAAAAAAAAAAUUAUUUAUCGGACGAUCUGUUACCAUUUGAUUGUGCCACUACAUGUAAAUAUCGCGUGCGGUGUCCGCGUUGCAAUGACUCAUUGUGAUUGUACGAAAUCGUGUUCCUUUUGUUGCUGCACCUCACAACAAGAUGAUGGUGUGCAGCAGCAUUUUGCAAGUGCAAAAGACUUUCUGGGAAUUUGCUAGUCAUAUUCCCCCUCCCUCACACACACUGGUGUCAGCUGGUUGUAAUUACACGGUGUAUUGGGACAUCAUGUACAGUAAGUUAUGUACAACAUCUUACAUCAAAUAAAGGACACUGCCACAAGCA